UAGGGUUUACUGGGCAUUAAACCCUUUCGAUGGAGAAUGUGGAUCACUGUUCGAAGAACCACAGAUGGAUCGUCCUGCUGCUCAUCGUCAUCAGCCUCCUCGUCGCGCCCUACGCGCUCUUCCGGUCCAAUCCGGCCUAUGCGCUGCUCUCGGAGUCGUCCUGGUCGGGAUCCUUCCACCGCGUCUUUGGAUGGGGCAACACGGUCGAGAAUCUCAAUCACACCUUUAGCAGCGAUGAGCUGCGGGAGCUCCGGCAGCUGCUCAAUGCGACCGCGUUCCGGAACAAGACGGUGAUCCUCACCACGCUCAACGAGGCGUGGUCGCGGGACCAGAGCAUGAUCGAUCUCUUCCUCAAGAGCUUCCGCAUCGGCACCGGGACCCGGCCGCUGCUGGAUCACUUGCUCAUCGUGGCGCUGGACGAGGUCGCGUACCGGCGCUGCCGCGACAUCCACAGCUUUUGCUUCGUGCUCAAGACACCCGGGGUGGAUUUCCGCGGCGAGAAAUUCUUCCGCUCCUCGGACUAUCUCAAGAUGAUGUGGAGCCGGAUCGAUUUCCUCCGCCGCGUGCUCGAGCUCGGCUACAACUUCGUCUUCUCCGACGCGGACAUCCUGUGGUUCCGCGAUCCCUUCGACCACUUCUCUCGAAACACCGACUUUGAGAUCGCCUGCGACCACUACAAUGGCAACGCCACCGAUCUCUCCAACAGUCCCAACGGGGGCUUCGUCCACGUAAAGUCCAAUCCCCGCACCAUCGCCUUCUACAAGCUCUGGUACCAGUCGCGGCUCGCGUUCCUGGGCAAGCACGACCAGGAAGUCCUGGACAAGAUCAAGCUCACGCCCCGGUUCGCCAGCCUCGGCCUCCGCAUCCGGUUCCUGAGCACCAAGGUGUUUGCAAACUUCUGCGAGAUCGGGACGAGCAGGCCGGCGACGGUGUGCACGAUCCACUCGAAUUGCUGCAAGGGGCUGGACAAGAAGCUCGAGGACUUGCGCGGGGUGAUGAGCGAUUGGAGCUCGUUUAAGUUCUUGAGUCCGGAGGAGCGCGCCGAGAAGACGGUGGAGUGGAGGCAGCUAAAGUGGUGCCCAAAGAAGCGAGGCUGGCUGUGAGCACCAUCCGUACGGUAACUGUACAUACAAAACACUGGAGUACGGAGUGAUUAUGCAUGGAAUAUAUCUCCCAAGUUUCUGACGA